CUCAGCUUUGAGUCUGACUGCAGGGAUCACUGUAGGGGCCUGUGCUCUGGAAUAUUUCAGUUACCUUUCUCCUGUUUUUGUCAUUACGAGGCUGUCUUUUCCACUCAAAAUUAAGUGUCUAUUGAUUUGAGAUCUUUGAGGAAGUCAGAUCAAGAGGGUUUGCAUUGCUAAAUGUAACCAAUAGAGGGCGGCUUAUAUUCAUAUCAAAUAUAGUUUUGUUAUGAGUGCAGACAUGAGUUACACCACGGGGGGGCAGUAACGUCUUGUUGUGUGUUUGAAACUGGCGAAAAAAGUUUUAUUCUGCAACAAUGAUGAACCAUGAUGUGUUUCCUUAUGUAAAUAUUCUCACAACAAAUAGAUAAUGCAUAUCACGUAAUUUGGCUUGCAGACGUGUCUUGAAUCGUGUUUUCCUUGAGUAGGUUAGAAGUGAAUUGAUAGGUGUUGUUUAUUUUCGAUUUGGCAGAACAAUGGUCCCUUAAUGCUAUUAUCCACAGGCCGACCCGUGUGCAUUUGAUCUUUGCUGUGGAUAAACCUCUGUUUUCGCGCAUUCACACUUUGCAAACGUCUCCUUGCUCUCGGCAGACGCCAAAUAUGGGACGUACUGGAAGUAAAUAUCUUCGCACAAUAGUACAGUGUGAAACUAUUUUGUUGUGCAAAAAAUUCCUGAAGGGAGGACCCAAGUUCUGAGCAUGCCCAGUCAGCUUGUUUUUGUCGAAGAACCUGCAACCAUCAAUCAUCGGGCUCUGCUCAACCCCGUUCGCUGUCCACACCCAGCGAAGAUGUUUAUGAGCGAGCACCAGUCUUAGCCGGCAGCCUUACAUAAUAAAUGCAGUAAGCCCGCCCCCCCGUAGCACGUUAAAGGACUUGGGUUCCAACCAGUUGCUGCAGUUUUGUUUUGCUCGCAGAUCAGAGAGGGUGACCAGCAAAUAACUUUCAGAAGAAUUGACGACAGAUCUCGCGUCAGGAAAAUAACGAAGUGUCCUUCGAAGCAGUCGUUUGGGAUUUUACAAGAUGAUUUUCGACAAAGUGAAAAAGUUCGACAUCGUGUUUGACUCGCCUGAGAUCGACUCGCCACCCGUGUUUAGCAGUGGUGAUGUGGUCUCGGGAAAAGUUGUUCUGGAGCUCGGUGGAGAGAGCAAAAUCGAGUCAUUGAAGUUACAUGCGGAAGGUUUUGCGAAAGUGCACUGGACAGAAUCGCGAAGUGCUGGAUCAAGCGCUGCCUACACCCAAAAUUAUAGCGAUGAAGUGGAGUACCUUAACCGGAGAGAGGCGCUUCUGCAGGCAGAUAAUGGAGAACUGACUGUCCUUGCUGCCGGCAGACACGAAUACCCCUUCAGUUUCCAGCUUCCAGAGGAGACUCUGGUGACAUCGUUCGAGGGCAAACAUGGUAGCAUCCGCUACUGGGUGAAGGUGAAGCUCCACAGGCCUUGGUGCACAGUCAGGAAGAUCAAGAAGGAGUUUACCGUCAUCGAGCCCAUUGACAUCAACACACCCGCUCUGUUGGCACCCCAAGCUGGAACCAAAGAAAAGAAUGCACGUGUGUGGUAUCGCAACUUUGGACAGGUGUGUGUUACCGCAAAGAUCGACCGCAAGGGCUACACACCAGGUGAAGUGAUCCCUGUGUUCGCCGAGUUUGACAACGCCACGUCCCGCUCCAUCGUGCCCAAAGCCUACAUAACGCAGACGCAGACGUUCAUAGCGCGCGGCACCAUGAAGCAGAAGCGGGCGGUGGUGGCCACGCUGAGCGGAGACCCCGUGGGCCCCAGUCGCCGGGAGACCUGGCACGGGCGCGCCAUCAAGAUCCCGCCAGUGGGCCCCUCCAUCCUCCAGUGCCGCAUCAUCAAAGUGGAGUACACACUCAAGGUCUGUGUGGAAGUGCCCGGCACGUCUAAGCUCUGUCUGGAGCUGCCCCUGGUGAUGGGCACCAUCCCCCUUCACCCGUUUGGCAGCCGCACGUCCAGCGUGAGCAGCCAGUACAGCGUCAACCUGGAGUGGCUCCGCAUGGCCAUCUCCGAGCAGCCUGAGCCUCCUCCGGACUACAGCUCAGUGGUGACCAAUGAGGAGGCCGUCCAGAACGCCGCUAACACCAACAACAACAGCAGCUGCCCAGAGGAGGACCUCAGUGAGGACCUCAGUGGCAUCCUGGGAAGACCCCUCAUGGCAUAUGUCCAGGAGUUCCGCUUCCGCCCGCCGCCUGUCUACUGUGAGGUGGACCCAAACCCUCAGCCCUGCAACAUGAGACCUCGCUGCAUGACAUGUUGAACAGUGUGGCCGACUCAAGCAUCACAACGCGAUGAUGACUGAUGAUUAAACCGAAUCGGAGAUUCUUCUCGAGCCUUCUGUCAGGAACUGGUACUUUGGUCCAGGAGGGUUCGGCGCCAUUGCUGCGGCCCGACGCGUUUGCGCACACGGCACGCAGCACCACCACCACCGGGGAGUCCUGGAGAUAGGACCCGCUGGAGGACUUGAAACAAAUCCUCUCAUAAAGAAAGAAAGAAAAAAAAAAAAAAAACUAAAGGAAGAAAAAAAAGAUGUAAGAACUUGAACUUUUUUUUUGUUGUUGUUGUUUCUGUCCUCUUGAGUGGCUGUAAGCCAGCGGUCGUCCGCCCCAGCCUGCCCGAGGUGCGCACACAAACAAGCUUGUGUGUUGAGUAGGAGUCAGUCCACAGUUGGAGGUGGACUGUGUUUUUGAUAUUGCGUAGGGUCGGGGGAAACAGAUGUUUAAGGUUUCACACGUGAUGUAUAUUUUUAUUGAAACCCUUGCUUCAGUGCCUGGUGAUGUAGACAGGCGAAUACACCAUUGGUGUUCUUUGUGUAUGCCUGCCAUGGUUUGAAGCCUGCCAUCUGAUCUUCCUCACCUUUACCGUUAUCUCAUCAACUGAGAGAUGUCAAAAUGUCUUUACAUGUCUCUGAAAUGCCUUCAUGUGAUCUGCCCAAGAGAUUGUCAGACUUUGAGUCAGGAAAGACUGGUCCCACCCUGCCUGUGAGUUAUGUUAGAAGCAGAGGUGAACGAGGCUAACCAGUUAGCAAGUUUAGAGAUUUGCAGAACGUUUGUUGUAAGAAGGAAAAAAAAAACGUAAAAAAAAAGCCUAUGCAAAAGGGAAAAGUGGUGAACGCUUUCAGGAAAAAGGAAAUGAACUUAGCGACGUUGCAUGAGAGUCGAAGUAGCAACAUGCAGCGGCGUGGGUGAGAAUGAAAAAGCUUAGCACUGAUCAGCCGAAUGUGAUUGUGAUUUGAAACUGUCCAGCUCGUGCUACAGCUGUUGUGUAUUUGUAAGCACAAUGAAAGAUGUGUACACCUGAACGCAGAAGGGUCGAUCCGGUGCACAAGCGCCCUCUCCUCCGGGCGAUGCCCUACUGGGCAGAGUCCAAGCCUUACGCCGAGGGAGUGCGGGCAACUUGCGCACCCCAUCUGACCCACGUGCCUUUCUCGACGUUCUGAAGUGGUUACUUACCAAGCCCAGGGAUUUAGCUCUAUGUUGCAGUAAGCUUUAAACUCAGUGAUCAUUCCAGAGGUCCAGAAAGGGCUUUCCUCACUCCCAAAGAAUGGAGAGAGAAUAAUUCAGGUCACACACAAGGUUUUGUGCAUGGCACUUAUCUAAAAGUGAAUGUAUUUUGUACCAAAUGCUCUUAUUUUAUUUUAUGCAAAAUUUAUUUUUUUGAUGUUUUUGUUAUUUCUU